AUGAUUAGCCUGUUCUAAACCUAUGCUGAAUUCACAAAUUAACUUGUUCUGUAGGAUAGGAUUUGGUCAUCUUGUUUAAUAUAAAUAUGACCAUCCAUGUCAUGGAAGGUGAGAUAUUUAAAAGCCAAUGUAGGAUUGCAAUUCAACCUUUCACGAUUUCACCGUUAACGAUAGCAUUAACGGCCUCCAUUACCAGCUUUGCUCAAUCUGCAGUAUAUAUAUCUAUCACGUAAAUAAUUAAAUUGUAUGUAAUAGACUAGCAUACACAUUGGCUGAUUUAAAAAUUGCUUGAAUGCAUAAUAACUACUAGUAUGUUGCUGGAAGCAUGAAUUGGUCCAUUAAUUGUCACAUGGAGUUGUAACAAUGGGUUAAGUAUACUUGCAUCUAUAGAUAUCCCUUAGCAAGUGUUUCAUGUGUAAAGAUCAGAAGAAUGAUAAUUACCUAUUAGAUGUCAAUGGUUUCAGGUGUUAGAACAUAGUAGCUAGAGAUUUCAUGAGUAAAAUUUGCAUGUUCUUUUGUAUAGUUCUGAAUAAUUAUUUGAAAUAUAAUGAUAUACUGUUUGAAAAUAAUUUUAAACGGUUACUGCUGCCAGAGGUGAACUUGGAUUUUCUUUUGUCAUGACUUUGCUUUAGCUUUCAUGUAAACUUAAUUUCUAAGUCCCAGUAGGUUUCAUAAAUCAUAUAUUUAUAUUCAUUAUAUGGAUUGGUUGCUAUGAUCCUUUUCUUGUUCCUUUUUCCCCAAAUGUUUCAGUGCUGCCUCCGAUGCUUUCAAAAUUUUCUUUUUUUUUACGAGGUUGGUUCUUGUUCAUUAAUUCACUAGGUUGAGUUUUUGAGAAUCUGAAGUAGAAACUUAACCUUGUUUGUUCUCUCCCUGAAAAACAGAAUCAGUAAAAAAUAUGCUAAAUUCAGGUGAGCUUACACUUAAAAAAUACAAGACACUUUUCAAGUCAAUUUGGGACUCAAUAGAUUUUGUUCUAAAAAUUGUCAAAAAUGAGAUUCAAGUCUAAAUUUCAAUAGCAAAUUUACAGCAAACAAAUUAUUUUGGUGGAUUUAGCUCUAUUAUUAUCUUCUCGAAUUUAAUUCAAAUCUAUUCUAUUGAUUUUAUCCAGUCUAAUACUAUCCCAUGCCGCAUGCCAAACAAGCCCCUAAGAAUCUCUGAUUCAGUAUUGACACCCAUUACUUUGCUACUGACAUUUUCUCAACAAUUUCUAGAUCUCUGCAAGCAGAUUUUCAGAAUAAAUAUGUAUCGAAUCAUGAAAAGUAAUCCUCUAUUGUAGGGCGACAAGAAUGGUAAAAUACUUUUGUCAAGAAGGCAGAGCUAGAGCUUGGUUGAUCUAAGGAUCAGACUAACCUUUGAUCCGUUGAUGCCAGCAAGAGCUUCGAUUCUUCUUCUCUGAUUCUUGCUGAAGAUUUCGUGAUAUCUUAGUCGAUGCAAGGUAGGGCUCCGAUUUACUGCUGAUCGGCGAUCCGCGAUCGGCAAUCGGCAAUUCUUGCUUCAGCUCCUGUGUUCUACUGUUCUGUGCUUCACAGUUACCGUGUUUUGUGAUAUUUGGAUAAAAGCCAUGGUUGAUUUGCCGGAGGAUGUAUAUUAAAAGUAUAUUAAUUGUAUUUUUUUUUUUAAUUUGUAUAGGGAAAUACAAAAAAAUUUAUCUU